AUGCCACGAAAAUCGAACGAUGAUAAUGAACAGCAAACAGUCGAGCUUGAACCCGAACGUAUUCUUGUUCACAAGUUAGUUGAUUCGAGUAAAGCUCAACGAACGAAAGCAGUUGAACGAUUGAAAGCAUGGAUUAAUGCACGGACAUUGAAUCCAACAAGUUUCUUUUCGUAUGACGAUCUAAUUAAAAUCUGGAAAGGACUUUAUUAUAACAUGUGGAUGGCUGACAAACCUCUUUUGCAAGAUCAAUUAGCAGCACAAAUAUCAUCUUGGAUUCAUGAAUUUCGUGAUAAUGAUCAAGCACGAUUGUAUAUCGAUGCUGGUUUUGCUACAUUUGCUCGGGAAUGGUGGGGUAUUGAUCGAUGGCGGCUGAGUAAAUUCAUGACGUUCGUUCGUUAUUUUCUCCGUGAUUCAUUUGUUUUUCUCAAAAAUCUCAAAUGGCUCAAAAGUGAUAUCCUAAAAUUCACAAAAAUGCUUACGAAAAACGUCUUGAGUCCAAAUGGCAAUCGUUCAUGUGAUGGGUUGAAAUUACACGUAACGGAUAUUUAUCUUGAAGAACUUGCUAAAGUGGGUGGAGUUGCCUUGAAACCCAAACGAUUGCUUCGUUUAUUAUCACCAUUUUUCAAUAUUAUCAAAACAUCAGAAAAUGAAAUCUUGAUAAAACAUGUUUACAAGAAUCUGUUCUUGUUGAUCAUUCAAUAUUCUGAUGUUGGUAUCGAUCCUGAUGCCGAAGAAGAAAUGGAAACGAUUCAACCGUUUGGUCGACAGGCCAUUGAAGAAGAAAUGGAGAUCAAUGAUGAAGGUGAACAAGAAGAAGAUACUGCUUUACAAUUUGAUUACAAACUUCUUUCGGAAAAAUUAAUCAAAAUAGCGAAAGUCGAAAGUUGUAGACAAAGAAAUCGUAAACAAAUUUACGAAUUAGCUCGAAAAUUUGAAGCGCUUUCACGUGGUAUUUAUCCUUUAUCGGAUGAACGCUUACCCGAAGUAUUUGAAUCCAAUCGCUUAUCUUGUGAAGUCGAUGUGAAUACUUUACGAGAAUUACAAAAAGAUUUGGGUGAACUAGGUCACAAGAAGAAAAGUGAAACGAAACCUGAAGAAAUCGAUCAACUUUUGAAGAAAUACGAUGCUGUAAAGAAACGCCGAAAGAAACAACAUCGAGGCAAAGGUGGUUCAAAAAAGAAGAAACAAUCAACUGAAUAA